AUGCCGCUUUUUGCAAGGAUCAAGGGAGCGAGGGCAAAGACCGUUAAAUCUGAGCCACGUUUUCAAUGGAAUGACUGCUCCGCAUAUCCUGUGGAGAGGCGCAUGUUCUUAAAAGAUGAGGCCCUUGACGUGGCGGCUCGUACUGGCGAGCACCUAAUCUCUCAUAUCAGUAACGCACUUAGUCAUAUGCCUGGUUUCAACGAUGCCGUCGGUUCCAUCAUAGGUAGAGAUGAUCUGCAGGAAUGUGUCACCAAGCUUGUUGAACUGCAAGAGCGUAAUAGGUCUUUUCGGACCUAUGUCGGUGCGCUAGGCAUUACUGGAUCCGGUAAAUCCACUGCAAUUAAUGCCCUUCUCCGCGAACCAGAACUGCUGCCAACUAGCAAUUUCGAGGCGGAGACUUCUGUUCCCAUCAUUGUGGAAUACAAUUUCGACAAUGAUCCGCAUAGAGCAUAUCAUGCAGAGGUCUUCUUCAGAUCAAGAUCCGAGAUAAGCAACCAAUUGGCCACGUUCUUUCAGGAUGUUCGAAAGAAGAACGAGUUGCAGAGGGAGGACCCUCUUACCCUUACAUCAGAUGACCUGCAUGCUUUGCACGAUGCCACCGCCAGCUUGAAGCCCACGUUCGAGAUGAUUGAUACGGUAUGGGGGAUCAGCAAUAAUGAUGCCGAGAGAAUGGAUUCUGAGGCCAUCCUAUUUUCUAGUAAGGCAGUGUUACGGCUAUUUGGCACAACAGAGCGAUUCCACCAUGCUCUAAGAGAGGAUUUUAUUACCAUGAUCCACCCCUAUAUGAACUCCGACAAGGUGGGACACGCUGGGUCAAGUCAUUCGUUCUCAGUGUGGCCUCUAAUCGACCAUGUGAAACUAUAUGUCAAAUCCGAUCUUCUACGCGGUGGCCUUGGGAUCAUCGACUCCCCCGGUUCAGGGGAUGUGAUGGAGAGUCGAUCAGCGGUUGCUCGAAAAUAUUCUAACGAAGUCGACACAACGCUUGUUUUUGCCCCAGCAAAACGAGCUGCUGAUGAGAAAAUAUCCUCAAAGCUCAUCUCGGACCACCAGGAGCUUAAACUUAAAAUGAGCGGGACCUUCAACAGCAAGAGUCUGUGUAUUGUCAUAUCACAAAUCGAUGAACUUGGCGACAUGACUCGACCUCGCCUCAAGGAUUCCGACGCGAACAUCGCACUCCAGAACUGUCUCUCGGAGAAGAGGCAACUCAAGGCAGAUAUCAGAAAGCUCCAGGAGGAACGUCACGACAUCACUAAGCAACUGAGAUUAGUUCCAAAGCCGUCCAAAAACCCGAGGCCCCAGGCAUAUGCUAACAGCAAAAACUAUAAAGUCCACAAAAGCCGUAACACGGAUGCUCGGCUCAGUGCUAAAAGUCGGUUAAGAGUGAAAUCAUGCAACUUGACUGAAGAGAUUGACCGUAGGAACCACGAAUGCGGUCAGUGUGAGGCAAAUAUGAUAUUUAUCUGCGUUAGGGAGAGAAAUCAGCUCCUCAAGGCGCGAUUCCAGCAAGACAUCCAAAAGCGCCAGGCAGCGACGCGUACCAGAGGCCAACAUAAUCUACAAGAAGGGUCUGUAUCUAUUCAUCCAAUCAGUGCCUUGGCAUUCGAAGCCUGCGAGCAUGGUGAACCUCUCAUGGGAUUUCCAAGUACUGAAUACUCAGGCAUUCCUCAACUAGCGCAGUGGAUCCGGAUGGCGGCCACCAAAGACCGAGAGCCGCACGUCGAAAGCCUCCUCCACGAAUACCACGUCCUUUUCAACCGUCUUCUUGCUUGGUCCAAAGAAGACUCAGGUCAGACCAAAUUGGCACUCAAGUACGACGAGAUCAUGGGAAUAUUUAAUUCAAUCGGUGCCAGGUUGAAGACGAGUAUGAACCAGCGUUUCAAGGUGCUUGAGCGUCAAGUGCGUCAAUUGAACCCAUUGAAUCACCGGCAUAUAACUCUUAAGAACUUCCAGGAAAAGUGCAGGGGUGCUAUCCAGAGCUGGGACUAUAAGUACCCAGACCAGGUCGGGUCUAGCGAAAAGAUGCACUGUUUGACAUACUUCGCCAAUAUCAACAGAGAAGGUGGCAUAUUCACCAGCAGAGCCAAAGUCGGUAUGACUUACCACUGGAACUAUGACAUUGCGGCGAUAGUUCUCAGAAACAUAGUUGAUAGUUGGAGCGCGGCACUCCAUCGUCACAUUCCAGCGUUGUCUGGGCCGGCCAACGAGGAAAUAUCUCUAAUAUGGGAAGAUGCCAUUCAAGCACUGUUAAAAGCGGUCAAGAGCCAGGCUCCUCAGCUUUUCCGUAUCCUUGAGUAUGAAUCAUCUAAAUUGGACUUCAUCAACACUCAAGUCAAGGAUAGGAUUCAAACUGCCCUCGAGUCCAUAUCGAGGCGUGCAAGAAACGCACAUACUCGACAUGUCGAGGUUGUUCACAACACAUUGCGGCCGAUAUUCAAGAAAGCCCAGCAGCUGCAAGGUAUCGGAAAGCUACGUAGAGCCCAGGCACUCCUCUCAAGGAUACCAGUACAGUACGGAACCUCCUUGAAGAACAAAGCUUUCGAAGACCUCAACGAGAUCUUGAAUGAGAACCUAGACAGGCUUCUAGGUGACCUCAUGAAGACAGCGAAUGAUGCAGAGGAUCUAUUCAGGUCCCACUUCAGCAUGGUGCUGAACAACGUUUUAGUUCCAGUCGUGGAGCAUCGCGACGCCGCAGCACGCAAAGCGAGAUUGCAACGAGAGGUUGGCGCAGCACUGACCGAUUGCAGACUCCAGUGGACGAUGCCUGGGAUCUACCAACAGCCAAAACCGGAGGACUGCGAGCUGCCUCGGGAGUACCACGCAGUCGGAUACGACGAUAGCACAAGUGGCGAACAAGAUGGAAUGCCCGAUGAGUCCUAA